UAGAAACCCAUGGAGGGCUGCUGCAGGGCUGCUUACAUGUCAGUAAACCGGGCUCUCUCCUCUAGUGCCAUUUAAACCUCGGCUGCCCCGGCUGCGGACUGAUCCGCGCCCAGGUGGAUUACACCUCACCCCCAGGACUGCUGUGGAGAGUGACAGCACCAGCAGAGGGGAGAAGAGAGGAGCCCCAGCCAUGCAGUACCAGCACCCCAGCUCCCCUGCCAUGGCUCUCAGUGUGCCUUUGUAUGCACCCACCCCCCUGCAGCCCGUGCACCCCACACCUUUCUACAUCGAUGACAUCCUAGGAAGGAAUAUAGCCUCUAAUGGAAGCCCAGCCUUGCCCACCCCUACGCUGCCCUCUGCCAACUCAUCCUUCACCAGCUUAGUGGCAACCUACAGGACCCCUAUCUAUGAACCCACGCCUAUCCAUCCAGCCUUUACCCACCAUGCAGCCCUGGCCGCUUCCUAUGGCUCCAGCACCUUCCAAAGCCCCCUGUACCCAUUCUCCCGGCCCAUGAGCGAGUACACCCAUGCCCUCAUCAGACACGACUCCAUGGGUAAACCUCUCCUGUGGAGCCCCUUCAUCCAGCGGCCACUCCACAAGAGGAAAGGGGGUCAAGUGAGAUUCUCCAACGACCAGACUAUUGAACUGGAGAAAAAGUUUGAGACCCAGAAAUAUUUGUCUCCUCCAGAAAGGAAAAGAUUGGCCAAGAUGCUGCAGCUCAGUGAGAGACAGGUGAAGACAUGGUUUCAGAACAGAAGAGCCAAAUGGAGGCGUCUGAAGCAGGAGAACCCCCAGGGAAAUAAGAAAGAAGAAACUGAAAGUCUAGAUAAUGACUGUGAGGAGGGUCAGAACUGUUUGAGUAUUGAGCAGAAAAAUAAAGAUUCCUCUAUAGAUGGGUCACAGUGCUCCCCGUCUCCCAAUUCCCAGGAAAAUCUGGACACAGACAUUUCAGAGAAUUCUGAUGAAGAAGUGGACAUUGAAGGUGACAAAGGAUAUUACAAGUGCACCCACUGAUACAUGUCUCACAAGGAACCUACAGUAUAUUCAGCUUGCACUUUAACAGAAGCUGGACUUGGCACCCCUUAAUCUCAUCAUGGGGUAAGAGAAAGAGGGUAUGCUAUACAGUGCCUUAGCUGCAGUUGAAAUAAUGGUUUGUCAGGUCAUGGUCAGUCUUUUAUGUGGGCAGAUUUACCUGAGAUUUUCAAAAUAAAAAGUGAAUGUGUUGCCUAUGGCAACCAAUCAGAUACUAGUUUUUUGCGCAUGACGUGCAGUCUAGAAAAUGAUAGCUGGUAUCUGGUUGCUAUAAGAAACACCUACAUUUCCCUUUUAAUAUAUCUAGUAAAUCUACACCUGUGACUCUAAUUUAAAUAUUUUUACUUGUAAUAUAUUUGACAUAUUAAUAGUCAAUGAGUGCCUACAAUAAUGUAUACAUAUGGGUCUGUGUAGAUCCUGGCUCAACCUCACUUACAGUGCCUUGCCUAUAAAUAAGAAUUAGGCACUAUGAAGCUUUAUAACCACUGUGGAACUAUAAGGCCCAGCAAGGCCUGACUCUAUCACUGUGAGUCUUAUGAAAUAAGACAUCAUGUUUUCUGUGGUUUAUUUUUUUAAUAAAGAAUUUCCAAUAAAAAACUAAAAAUAAAUGUAUUUUGUUUGUACAAAGGGGAGACUGGAUACUAAAGCUACACCAUAAAGUUUACUGUGUGUAUUUUGCAUUGUAUAUAUUGUAUAUUACUUAUAUAUGUUUUUGUAAAUGUCAUGCGACUGCAUACCUCAGGCUGUUUAUAUGACGUGUAGAUAUUUGUUUUUCCUAAAACAAUGAAAAUAUAUUUAAUUUUUUGUGUGAAAGAAACUGUGGAAUAAAAGUGAAGUUGUUAAAUAAA